UGGUUCAGCCGAAUGCCACUCAAUUGCUGUAUUACAACUUCCGUAAGUGUGGUGUUUUGUUGCACAAAGUGGAAACAACUGUACUUGAUGGAGGACUGAGAACAUUAAAUUACUUACCUGGUGCCUCUAGAAAAAAGCUGGGAGUUCUUUCCUUAUGUUGCACUGCACAUGCAAUUGUAGAUAAACUGAUGUUUUCCUAUAACCCUGCUGGAACUAUAGCAGAGAUGAAAUCUGAUGAUUCAAUGGCUUGGGGUGGAGCUAACCUGUCUGCCCACUUGCACACAGAGGAAUGUAAUGUCUUCAUCAGAAAGCUCAAACAGUGCCACGCAGAGCACAACGUUCUGAGAUUUUUCGGAAAGUGUAAUGACAUUGAUCGAGCAAUGCGGCAGUGUUUGAAGAAGGAGUACCAAGUGAAGAGAGCCAAGAGCCAAGCACAUGCUGAAGAGAUGCAACAUAAGCUGACCCAUCCUGCAAAACAAGAUGCCAACUAAGUUUUGGUUUUGUACGAUUGCCAGGCUUGCAGCAGGACUAUUAUCCAAGUUCAUCAGGACACUUGGCUCAAGAUCCAAGAUACUGGGGACUGGGAUGUAGAUGUAGUUAUUUUUUAAACUUCAAGCCAUCUGGAUACAGAAAGCUUUUCUUGACAGAUGGAUGUGUUGGUUUUUAAAAUACGAAGCAAUAAAAAGUCAAAUAAACAGAAAUGCUGGCGUUAUUGACAGCACAAGCUGUUUCAAAAGAUAUUUCAGCCAGAAGCCUGCUAAAGAGAAUUACACUGGCUUCAUCGUCAAUACUUUCAUUUCACUGUGUUUCUCACAAAUCAAUAGAUUGGCUGUCAUAAGGUGUGUACUUUUAAUUCAAAGCUUAUUAUUAUUUUGUUCUCUUAACUCUUUGGUAUGAAUAACUUAUUAGGUAUUGUAAUCUAUGUCUACUUGCACUGGAAUUCAGUAUUAGAACUUUUCAAGGCUACUUGUAUUUAUGGUUAAAUAUACCAGGGCAAAUUAAAUUUAAAUAAAUAAUUACUUGGUGAUAUACAGUAUAUUUUAUGAAGUCCAGCAUUUACCUUUUCCUUAGUUUAAGGUACGGGAGUCUUGCAGUUGACGUUAAAAGCAUUGGGUGCUUUAUUUUUUAUCACAGGUUCUUUUCACAGGUAAAGAAAAUAAACGACAAAAAUCCCAACUCCA